GUGGGUUUGAAAAGCGGACCGCGGCUCGGCCUCAUUUCCCGCUCUGGUUCAGGCGCAGGAGGAAGUGUUUUGCUGGAGGAUGAUGACAGAGGUCAGGCUCCGCUAAUGGGCCAGUGAGGAGCGGUGGAGGCGAGGCCGGGCCGGCACACACACAUUAGCACACUUGAGCCAUCACCAAUCAGCAUAGGUGUGCUGGCUGCAGCCACUUCCCUCACCCACACUCUUUCUCGAUCACACCCCGGCGCUGACAGCCCAUUUUAUUGUCAAUCUCUGUCUCCUUCCAGGGAUCUGAGCAGCGCUCGCACACACCAAACCAGCAGCGUCCGCGGAGAAAACUCUCGCCAGCAACUCCUCUAAAGCACCGUCUUUUCCAACCCUGGUGGGCUUCAAGAAGCAACAGCGGCCAGAGAAACCCCAACCGAACCAAACUCUUGACAGGAGCUCUGCCGAGGGAGGAUGCCUCAUAAAGGGGGAAGACUUAACUAGGGGUGCGCAGAUGCGUGAGACCUUUUAUUGUAAGAGUGGACAGACAUCCCAGAUUUCAGAGCCCCAGUUUCGAGCCCCGUGGGACCCCGAGGCCCCCAGCCAGCGCCAGCAUGCAGAACAGUCACAGCGGAGUGAACCAGCUCGGUGGUGUCUUUGUCAACGGGCGGCCACUGCCGGACUCCACCCGGCAGAAGAUCGUAGAGCUAGCUCACAGCGGGGCCCGGCCGUGCGACAUUUCCCGAAUUCUGCAGACCCAUGCAGAUGCAAAAGUCCAAGUGCUGGACAAUCAAAACGUGUCCAACGGAUGUGUGAGUAAAAUUCUGGGCAGGUAUUACGAGACUGGCUCCAUCAGACCCAGGGCAAUCGGUGGUAGUAAACCGAGAGUAGCGACUCCAGAAGUUGUAAGCAAAAUAGCCCAGUAUAAGCGGGAGUGCCCGUCCAUCUUUGCUUGGGAAAUCCGAGACAGAUUACUGUCCGAGGGGGUCUGUACCAACGAUAACAUACCAAGUGUGUCAUCAAUAAACAGAGUUCUUCGCAACCUGGCUAGCGAAAAGCAACAGAUGGGCGCAGACGGCAUGUAUGAUAAACUGAGGAUGUUGAACGGGCAGACCGGCACCUGGGGCACCCGCCCGGGUUGGUAUCCGGGGACCUCGGUGCCCGGGCAGCCUGCGCAAGAUGGCUGCCAGCAACAGGAAGGAGGGGGAGAGAAUACCAACUCCAUCAGUUCCAACGGAGAAGAUUCCGAUGAGGCCCAAAUGCGACUUCAGCUGAAGCGGAAGCUGCAGAGAAAUAGAACAUCCUUCACCCAAGAGCAGAUUGAGGCCCUGGAGAAAGAGUUUGAGAGAACCCAUUAUCCAGAUGUGUUUGCCCGAGAAAGACUAGCAGCCAAAAUAGACCUACCUGAAGCAAGGAUACAGGUGUGGUUUUCUAAUCGAAGGGCCAAAUGGAGAAGAGAAGAGAAGCUGCGGAACCAGAGGAGACAGGCCAGCACCACGCCUAGUCACAUUCCCAUCAGCAGCAGCUUCAGCACCAGCGUCUACCAGCCAAUCCCACAACCCAGCACGCCCGUGUCCUCCUUCACCUCGGGCUCCAUGUUGGGCCGAACAGACACGGCCCUCACGAACUCCUACAGCGCCCUGCCGCCCAUGCCCAGCUUCACCAUGGCGAAUAACCUGCCUAUGCAACCCCCGGUCCCCAGCCAGACGUCCUCGUACUCCUGCAUGCUGCCCACCAGCCCUUCGGUGAACGGGCGGAGUUACGACGCCUACACCCCACCCCACAUGCAGACACACAUGAACAGUCAGCCCAUGGGCACCUCGGGCACCACGUCCACAGGACUCAUUUCCCCUGGUGUGUCAGUUCCAGUUCAAGUUCCUGGAAGUGAACCUGAUAUGUCGCAAUAUUGGCCAAGAUUACAGUAAAAAAAAAAAAAGAGAGAGAAAGGAUAUAUGUUAUUUCCAUCAGUGACUGUGGACACGACAGUUGGGCGUUCAGGAAGGAGAGAAAAAUGGCUGUUAGAAGCACUUCAGUUCUGCAGUCGUGUCCUUAUUGUGACACCGGGGACAGACUCGAAAGAAGGACCUUUGUGUACAGAAGGCACGGUAUCAGUUGGAACAAAUCUUCAUUUUGGUAUCCAAACUUUUAUUCAUUUUGGUGUAUGGUUUGUAAAUGGGCAUUUGUCUGUUAUAAUGAAAAAAAGAACAACGUAGAUUGGAUGGAUGUUUGAUCUGUGUUGGUCAUAAAGUUGUUAAAAAAAAAGGAAACCAUGACCAACAAGCUUUGCCACGAAUUAAGAGUUUUAUCAAGAUAUAUUGAAUACUUCUACCCAUCUGUUCAUAGUUUAUGGACUGAUGUUCCAAGUUUGUAUCAUUCCUUUGCAUAUAAUUAAACCUGGAACAACAUGCACUAGAUUUAUGUAAGAAAUAUCUGUUGGUUUUCCAAAGGUUGUUAACAGAUGAAGUUUAUGUGCAAAAAAGGGUAAGAUAUAAAUUCAAGGAGGAAAAAAGUUGAUAGCUAAAAGGUAGAGCGUGUCUUCGAUAUAAUCCAGUUCGUUUUAUGUCAAAUGUAAGUAUUUGUCUUCCCUAGAAAUCCUCAGAAUGAUUUCUAUAAUAAAGUUAAUUUCAUUUAUAUUUGACGAGAAUACUCUAUAGAUGUUUUAUACACAUUUUCACGCAAUCAUACGUUUCUUUUUGGCCAGCAAGAGUUCAUUGUUCUUAGAUAUAGUUGUAUUACUGUUCACAGGCCAAUCACUUUGUGCAUCUAGAAUUCAUUCCUAAUCAAUUAAAAGUGCUUGCAAGAGUUUUAAACUUAAGUGUUUUGCAGUUGUUCACAACUACAUAUCAAAGUUAACCAUUGUUGAUUGUAAAAAUCAUACCAAAGCCUUUGUACUUCCUUUAUUAUACUGUUUUCUUUUUAACCUUAUAGUGUGGUGUUACCAGUUUUGUUUCCACGUUAGAUUAACACAUUCUAAACCAAUGGUUACUUUCAUAAUACUCUAUUUUAAAUCCUGAUAAUCCUUAAAGAAAUAAUUCUUAUAGUUUCAUAAAUCAGAAAUAUGUUAGAAACAAAUCCUACUUAAAAAGCUGUGUGAAGAUCUGUGCCCAUUUCUACCCCCUACAUGCAUACAAAAUGGUAACAUUUCCCAGUUAGCCAUUUAAUUCAAAAGCUCAAAGUCUAGAAAUAAUUUAAAAAUGCAACAAGCUAUUAACUUGGCAUUGUCUUUUGAAUUAGGGCUGUCAUUUUCAAUUGGGGCAGAUUUCCACUGUCAGCCUGUUUCAACAAUGAUUUCCCUGAAGUAUAUUCAAAAGAAGAUUUCUUCUCGAGACCCUCUGAAAGCUGUUACCUUUCUCAGAUGGGCCCUCGCCCUGCUCUGUCUCCCUCCCCUCUGCACGAGGGGCAUCACUCCCCACUGAACCACUACAGCUGUUCCCAUUGGAAUCUCGCUUUCUGUCAGCUGUGGAUGGUGGAGGGGGAUGUUGCAUGUCAAGGAAUAAUGAGCACAGACAUAUCAACAGACAACAACAAAGCGGACUGUGGCUGGCCGGUGGGAGUUAAAGGCCUUCAGUCAUUAGCAGCUUAAGCCAAACAUUCCCAAAUCUAUGAAGCGGGGCCCAUUGUUGGUCAGUUGUUAUUUGCAGUGAAGCACAGAUCUGAUCAUGUUUAAAGUGGAGGCACGCAGGGCUGGAGUGCUUGAGCCCAAGCAAAGGAUGGAAAAAAAUAAGCCUUUGUUGGGUGAAAAAGGCCUGUCUGAGACUUUUAUUUCUGUCUGUUCUGUGCAACAUGUAAGUCAUUUGUAGCUAAGUUUUCUUCUGCAAACUUCAGUCAAGGGCUGGGGGCUCUGGCAGUCUAAAUUAAAUGUUUGCACAGACAGAAACCACUGGGGACACGACACACUUCCACUCAAUUGUACUCUGCUCUUUUUUUGUUUUAUUUUUAAUUCCCAAAGGUAAAUGUUCAGAAAUAUAGAAAUUAAUUGGAGGCUUUAAAAGAUAACCUUCUAGCUCAACAUCUACUGUUUUCUAGUUAAGGAAUUACCUGUGACAGGUCAUUGUGAUCCAACUCUCUGGCAUGCUAUAUAUUAAUAACUAACUUCAUUCCAGCCGAGUUGCUGCACAUUUAGAGACACCUCCCUGGGUUGAUUGCAGUUUCCUAUGUGUGUGUGUGGUUUUCUCACCGUCAGCCUGCACUGCACGCUUGCACACUGCUGCAGUGGAGGGUGCACACGUCUGCACUGCUGGUCCAGUUGCCCAUGCAGAUAUUUCUACCUCCCGACAUUGUGCAGCCUACACUCCUGAGGGACACGCGCCCAGGGAACUGUCAGAGAAGGGCUCUGUGUGGCGUGUGCAGCAGCUGCUGCUGGCUUGCUUCGUCCCUGCAAGAAGCGACAGUUUCCAACCGGCUAUGACUUGGGCCAGGGUCAGGCGGCCGGCCAGCUCCCAGCUCUGUUGUGUAGACUUUGGAGAAUCUGGUGUGGCACUUUGGUGCAGGAGCUGGGUGGGAGAAGGGGUAUGUUGUGGGAGCGGAGGGCCUGCAUGCGUGCACUUGGGCACGUAUGUGUGUCCUCCGAGGGUCAGCAUUGCCGGGGUGCAGUGGCACAGCCUGGUUUAGUGACGAAGCGGCUGCUCGGCUGCAGAAGCCCUCUGGUCCGGCAGGACGUAAGGCUGCCUUGCCUUCUGCCCUCACCCUGGGAUGAGCCGUGCGUGUGAGUGGAGCUCGAGGCACUCUCCCGGGGAGAGCACGGCAGGCCCGGAAUCCUGCGCCCAGGAGGGAGCCUUUUACUCAUUGUUGAAAUAACUUACUUUUGCUUAUUUAUCUACUGAAGGGUAUAUAUAUGUCUGUGUUUAUCAAUGGGAACUCUGCGGGGACGGUGAGGCACCAUCUUCGGGGGGUGACUGUCAAUGAGAGAUGUCCUCAGUAGAAUCACAGACUAACAGCCUGUGAUUAUUCUCCAAACUUGACUGGCUUAGGGAGACCAGGUGAACAGAAUUAGAGCUGAAUGUCUGAGUAAGAAACAUGCAAAUUACUCCGAGUAAAAAUAUGCUUUUUACUACAAUGAAUUUUCAGAGUAUUUUCCCCCCAAAGCUGUGCCUCCUGACUCUUAAAUGGUAAGCAACUGGCUUCUUGAUGUGGCUCACAUAAUCAAUUUUUCUUCCUUUUUUUUUUUUUAAUCAUAACUAGGUUUCCUAAGAUUCCUUUAUACAGUAUUUGAAGAUCCAGCUCUGUUUUGUGAAUUUUUGUCAUCUUAGAUGGUGUCUAUAUUCUUCUGCUUAUUUCUUUCUCCUCUGGGCCUUCUUGUUAACAAGAUUGAAAAAAAAAUGCUUUUCUUCUCUGUAUGUUUGGCUCACCAAGGCCAAACACAAAGUCUUUCCUUUUCUGUUUCUCAAGAAUAACCUCAUUUUUCUAUUUUUGCAUCAGUCCUGAAUGACUUCUCUGCUCAGUUUUAAAGUUCGCAGUGUAAGUCCCAAGGGUUAGUAUUGCUUAAAUUCGGUGGGGUUGACGGUGACUGUCUUUGCAAAGCCCAUUAGCAUGGCCUUUAGGAAGGACGUUCACCACGGGCCUGAACGAAUGAAUGGGGUCCCCCACUUCCCUUCUGUAUGUGUGUUCGUGAGUCUGAUUCUUUAAAAUUAAUUAGACAGGGAAUUGAUUGCAGAGUGUUGCUUCCUUUUGAAGUCGUUUUAUUUUGUCUAGUGUUAGUAUCUGCAGAUGCUGGAGGUGGAGAUAAAGAAUAAAGGGAAGAGGGGAAGAGAAAAUGGGAAAUUGUCUGGUGGCUACUAGAAAGAAAUUCAGAGGGUCUUAGAACCCCAGCACCUGAGCGGACUGCAGCAGUCAAAAUAUUUACCUCCUGUUAGAGAAAGGCAAAUCUAUGGUAAGAAAUGAAUACCAGAGAGGGUUAGAAGUUUUAGAAACAUUUAAAAGAUAUGAAGACAUUUCAAAUACUAUGUUUGGCAUUGUUACUUAGGUAUUUAUAUCUUUGAGACAAGUUGAUAAUUGGAAGUCUGUUAAUAGAGUGUAUAUUUCAUAACGUAUCAAAAUAGUCUAUACACCUACAGUAGCAUUAUUGUGGCCCAAUAUUUUUAUGUAGUAAGUUAUUAGCAUAUGGAUGAUCGAUAAUGUUCCCAGAAAGAGGAAAACACAUUUUUAGAGUGGGUUUUUAUCCGAGGAAAACAAAAAUAUACACCCCUUUCUAGUAGCUUAUUUUUACAAAGCCUGCCUAAUGAAUCAGAACAAGAGAACUUGGAUCUGAUUUUUGGAAAGCCCAGGUACUAUUAUUGUUCAAAAUGCACUUUUACUGAGUUUGAAAAAUUUCUUUUAUAUUUAAAAUAAGGGUUCAAAUAUGCACAUUCAAUUUUUAUAGUAUUUAUCUAUUUGCAAAGCACAGACUAACUAGCAAUUGGCUAUUAAUUCUACAGACAUGGUAGCCAGGAAGGUAAAUCAGUGACCUAUCAAGUAUUUUUGACAAGCAGUUUACAUAUCUGAUGACCUCACAUUUCCUUUUCAGAGUCAAAUGCUAUGUAAUUGUUCCGUUGUGUGUUUGUAUAAAACGAAUCACAACAUGGUAAGAAAAAGGUUAGAGUUAUUAAAAUAAUAACCUGACUAAAAUAUUCAUUUGAGUUUAUUCAGAUUGCUCAUAAUGCUUUCAGAGAGAGCAAAGCUUUUGUGGAGUAUCUGCACAUUAUUUAUUAUCUUUGGACUAAACUGAUUUUCUGGAGUUGCUUUAAAUUUUAAAAGCACUUUUGCUUAAUAUAAAAGCCCUUUAAUUUUAACUGACAGAUCAAUUCUGAAACUUUAUUUUGAAAAGAAACUGGGGAAGAAUUUGUCUUUCGAAUUAAAAGAAGUGAAAAAAAUAAACCAGACAUUCUAAAAAAAUAGAAGAAACCUGAUUUUUAGUACUAAUGAAAUAGUGGGUGACAAAAUAGUUGUCUUUUUGAUUUUGAUCACAAAAAAUAAACUGGUAGUGACAGGAUAUGAUGGAGAGAUUUGACAUCCUGGCGAAUCACUGUCAUU